UAAACUAAACGACUUUAGAGUCAGUCCAGGUGGGUAUUCUGCUUUGCGCCUAUGCGCGGCGAUGGAAGCAAAGCUGCCGUAUACGCCAUUUUCUUUCUCCAAUGCUCCAACUCUCAGUUCUGUUAUCCCAUUCCCUCGUGUCCUCCAACCAUAUCGCUACUCUCUCAAGAAAGCCUAGGAAGCUCACGUCUUCUACAUCCAAAACCCUAGAUUUCCCAAGCAUCUCACCCUACUCUGCUUCACUCGCAAAAUGCUGCUAGGACUGGACCUCCGCUUUAGCAACUCUUACUCACAAGAACAAUCUAAUUCUAAUGAUACAAAUCUGAUUUGUGAGAUAAAUUCCAAUUUGAGUUUAUUUGGGUUGUUUCUCGAACACACGAUUCCUUCGUCAUUCAUUAACUCAAUUUCGUCCAGAAGUUCUUUAGUUGGUUUGCCGGGUUCGGUUUCUUCUUGCAUCCGUGGUCGAAAGCCCGUGGUUUUUGGGGCUUUUAGGCCAGAGAAUAACGUAGGGUUUUUGACGGUGAGCCUGAAGAGUGAUGGGUUUGUUCGGGAAUCGAAGGUGUAUAUGGUGCAAAACGGACAUGAGGGGUCCGAGAAGUCGUCGACACUCGAGGGAGCCGAUGCGGUUGUUGAGAAAGGAAAGAAACCGAAGCUCAAGUUACGGGGAGGCUAUGCCAUGAACACCACCAAGCAUCUAUGGGCUGGUGCUGUAGCUGCCAUGGUCUCCAGGACCUUCGUUGCACCACUCGAGAGACUGAAGCUGGAAUAUAUGGUUCGCGGCGAACAAAAGGAUCUUUUUGAGCUCAUUAAGACUAUUGCAGCUUCUCAGGGCUUGAGAGGAUUUUGGAAGGGAAACCUUGUCAACAUUCUUCGUACAGCUCCAUUUAAGGCAGUUAAUUUUUAUGCUAAUGAUACAUAUAGAAAACAAUUGCUGAAACUGUCUGCAAACAAAGAAACUACAAAUUUUGAGAGGUUUUUUGCUGGUGCUGCUGCUGGAAUUACUGCUACUAUCCUCUGUUUACCACUUGAUACUAUCAGGACCAAGAUGGUGGCACCUGGUGGGGAAGCGUUGGGUGGUGUUAUUGGUGCUUUCCAUCACAUGAUCCGAACCGAAGGAUUCUUCUCUCUUUACAAGGGCUUAGUACCCUCCAUUAUAAGUAUGGCACCUUCAGGUGCCGUUUUCUAUGGUGUGUAUGAUAUACUGAAAUCAGCAUAUCUGCAUUCACCAGAAGGGGGGAAGAGAAUUCAGAAUAUGAGCCAGCAGGGGCAGGAACUGAGUGCUUUAGACCAGCUUGAAUUGGGACCGAUGAGGACAUUAUUAUAUGGGGCUAUUGCUGGUGCUUGUGCAGAAGCGGCUACUUAUCCAUUUGAAGUUGUGAGGAGACGGCUUCAAUUGCAAGUCCGGGCAACUAAAUUGGGUGCUUUGGCAACUUGUGUCAAGAUAGUUGAGCAAGGAGGAAUCCCUGCUCUGUAUGCAGGACUUAUUCCUAGUUUGCUACAGGCAUGUACUUCCUUCAGCUUCAAUAAGUUACUUCGUCUAUGAAUUCAUGAAGAUUGUUCUCAAAGUGGAAUGAACAAGAAAUGAUAGAUCCUCUUGGAGAAUUUGAUGGAGAUUGUACAGCAACUCCGACGGAUAUAAUUUAAAUUGGUAUGCCAUACUUUUCCCAUUGAUGUUCACUUCUUCAAGGCAGAAGCUACUUUACUCUGUCCUCCCCACACGGCUACAUCUAUAUAUUCUGUGUUCCUAUUGAAUUGCAAGAUGGAAAUAAAAUAACUUCCAAGAUGCCUCGA